AUGCCCAGAGUUCAGAAAGAAAUCUCAAAGAGUUUGGCUGAGGGGUUACGAGCUACUAGCUUUGUUGGGGUAGCUAACAUUUACACCCCCGCCCAAUAUAACCUUCUUCGAGCUUUUGCUGGCCUCUGCCAAGUGCUUAGUCCGGACGAGAUUCUAAAAUUGUCGCAAACUCCUGCUCCAAAUCAGCCUGUGGUAUCUGCUACCGUAGAAAUUUGUCGUGAUACAACUGAGGAGAAGGCAAAACGGAGGUUUCGGCAAUUCAGUUCAAAGAUUGAGCCUUUUUUUCAAUCGGUCUUGAGAUUUUGGCCAGUGAUUGAUGUGCUGGUUUCUGCGAAAUCAGAAGUAGCAGCAUUGGUAUGGGGGAGUUGUAAGUUUGUUAUUAUUGCAGCUCUAAAUUACCUCGAAUACUUUGAACAAAUCUCAAAAACAUUCAAUAAGUUGGGAGACCUCUCUUCCUACUUCGAUCGUUUCCUAGAGAUCCUCCCCGACUCCUCUAGGCUUCACUCGGCGCUCGCAGAUUUCUGCGCGGUGUCAAUCAGAUUCAGCACAUCGGCGCUCCAAUUCCUUAAGAAAUCCAGCCUCGAAGAGGAGCUUGCUCGGCAGCAGAAAUUAGUCGAGGACGCAAUCGAGUUGGCGAGAGAGGAAGUGGCGUUUAAGGCUCGCCAGGAGAUGAUCGACGAAUUCGGCCAUCAUAAAGAGGUUAAACGGGAUCGAGAAUUCAUCUUUACAGUAAAAUAUGCGCGAAAAAAUGGUAAAAAGAAGGUCUCUGCUGGAAGCGAUAUCAAGAUACGACCAUCGGUUGAGUUUAUCGAAUGCCGGACUUUGGUGUUAUGGAAUUCCUGGUGCAGGAAAAACCAUACUUACGGCUGGGUCGAAGAGUCUUUGAAGGCUUCCGCGAUCUUGAAAAGUCUGAUAAAACAAAUUCUUAGCGUUUUCGAAAAGAUCCCUCCGGAGAUGGAGCGAAACCUUGAGAAAAUAUUCUUGAGUAGUCACCGAGAGCCAGGAAUAGAGGAUUUGUAUACAAUGUUGUUGGAUAUCACACAGAUUCCACAUACGUCAUAUAUUGUUAUCGAUGGGUUAGAUGAAUGUAGAGCGAACGAUCGGAAACGCUUCCUGACCUACAUGAACCAACUUAUGAGGGAUAGCAAAAGUAAAAUAAAGAUCAUUGUCUCCAGCCGUGAGAAGAUUGAUAUAUCGAGAUCUUUGGCGGACUUUAAAAAGAUUUCCUUGUGUGCGGCGAUGAAUCAUUCUGAUAUCGAGAUUUAUAUCCGGGAAACCAUUGAGGAGAAGUUGAAAGACGUCGAUCUGAUGGUCGGCCCGGGAAUGGUCAAAGAGAUCAAUGAUGCACUUAUCAAAGGGUCUGAUGGAAUGUUUCUUUGGGUCAAGUUUCAAAUCAUUGAAAUUUGUAGGGAAAAUAAUGACGAUAUUCGCCGGGUAUUGCAAUCGUUACCAAAAGGCCUUGACGAAACUUACCUCCGGAUUCUCAAACGAAUCGUUGAUAACCACAAGCCAGAUAUUGCCAAAAAGGUUUUCACGUGGCUUGCCGUGGCCAGACGUCCUAUCCAUUUGAAGGAGUUAAACGAGGCUGUUGCUUUUGAGCCAGGGUGUUCUCACUGGGGUCAAGGGAGCCAUCAAAAUGAUGCACUUAACAUGUUGGGAAAUGGUGGGAAUCCAAUCAUCCAUGUUCAUAGUGAUGACACAAUUCAGUUCGCUCAUUAUACUGUCCUGGAGUUCCUAAAAAAUCAACACGAGCGGCUCAGUCUAUGGGUGACUUUUUCGUUGAUGAGCAAGAAGCAAACUUAUAUGCAAAAUUGGAUUCACCACUGCCGCGGGCUUUCGAAGGAAGACCAUGAGAACUGGCGUUUAUUCGAUAGUUUAGUAUUUCGCCGCAAAUUACCAUUCAAUCAUUUGCCAUGGGAUCAACAAGACCACUCUCAGAACGAGUCAUAUCGCGAGGAGGUUUUUUUCUGGGCGGUGGAAACAGAUAAUCCGGCUGUACUUAGGAUGGCGUUUGACAGGCUGAGCAAUACAUCCACAAAAACUAGAACCUAUCUGGUACAGGGAGCGCUUUUACUGGCUAGUAUAGAGGGAAAGGAAUCCGUUGUUCCACAUCUGCCAGAACUCGGGGCUCAACUCGAUCAACCGUACAUCGCGCCCGAAAUGGCGCUGCACGUGAACCACCGGUGGCUUAAGGCGGCGAUUAGGGAAAAGGAUGGGCCUCACCAUGUAGCACGAACUGCGUUGCAAUUUGCUGCUGGACGAGGGCACUUGGCCACUGUAUCUCGACUCAUUGAAUGCGGAGCCGAUGUGAAUGCAUCACCCAUGGGAUUUAGUCUCCUAGCUAACUCCCGCGGGACAGCGUUAGAGGCUGCUGCUGGGGGUGGACAUAUCAAUGUUGUGAGCCUGCUCUUGCAGAGCGGUGCCAAAGUCCAUAUAGGCCACAGUGUUUGGAGAACGGCCCUGAUGGCAGCUAAUUACGGUGAGCAUUUUGAGAUUGCAAAUCUCUUGCAGAGUAAUGUCAACGACGUCGUCGAUAUUCGUUAG